CACAAACAAGGGCGGUCCCUUGUUUCAUUAGAUCUCAAGCACGCCGCUUUUCAUUCUUUUAACUCACCUUACUUCUUCUUUUAAAAAAAUUCCAAAAUGCCCUUGUUUUCAUUCAUUUCGACUUUUUUCAACCGUGUGAUCAACGAAUUCCACACUCUAAUGUUGGAAUGGUUGGAGAUUGAACCUAGAGAGGAGCCACUAGUGUUCCCUGUCAAUGGAUGGUUCCGAGUUGAGAAUGGGGAGUGGAAUCAUAUCUCUUAUAUCUAAAUUAUUCGUCGGCGGAAAAGUUAAACGCGAAAAUCAAAAAUCAAGCAACAUGCAAUAUGUAUAUCUAAAAACUACCUGUGACAAACGAACUUCAUCAUCGUUUGGUUGAUUGUUUCUAUUGAUUCUUUCAUAAUUUGUGUAUAUCCGAAUAUAUAUUAUUUUAUUUGCUUAUAUCUAUUGUAAAUUGAAAUUUUCAGAAUUUAGAAACUGUCAUUAUCGUUUUUUACUUCUACUUCAAUUUUUUUUGUACUAAAGUUGUUGUUAAAAUUUCCUAAUUGUUCUUUUUAGUAAAUA